CUCCUCGGCUGGACUUCUGCCGAUGUCGCUGGGUUUCGGCACGUUCUCGAUAUAGAGGCGUGGGUUCAGCAUUCUUCCUUCACCCACAUUUCCCCGUGGUGAAACGUCAAAGAGAGAUUGCGCCAGCUUCUCUCAUACCAUUCGAGGGAGUCUCACAGAUCUUUUUGAAGGAUCAGUUCGUUGAGGCAUUCACAUACCCUCAAGAUGCAUUUCCAGCAGUCUGAGUCCGCUGGCCCGGGCGCUGAGCAGGAGAAGUCGCCCAAGGUGUUCACCAAGCAGUCUUCGAGUCUGCCUUUUGGAGAGCAGUUGUCUCUUGCAUCGAUCAGCGGGCCUACCUACCUGACUGCCCAGACGCUCAUCCAGCAGGUCGCAUACGCAUUGUCUGACAAGAUCUUUGCCUACUCUGCUGAGUCGUUCGAUCUCGAUGUGGCGCUCAAGAGUUGGCAGGAGCAGGGCGAGAAGAACGCCUUUGGUUACCAGACUGGUGUCUCCUCGCUGGAGACAAGAGCUGGCGCUGGCACGAUUGCCCUUGGAUAUCUCUUCUCGAAGGACUUCGACCUUACCAAGCGUCACAUUCCCCAGUCGAUCGUCGCCUCUUCCUCGACUCUGAACUACCUCCGCCCAGCUCUCGACCAGCUGUCGCUGCUCUACUCGGUCGCCAACCCCGUCACUGCGCACAUUGCUGCCGUCGACUACUCCGCGAACUCGAACGCCGGACUCGUUACUGACUAUGUGUCGUCGCUCACUCUUGCUGAGGACCUUGGCCUUGGCCUCGUCUGCAGCCCAUCUGUCUUCGAGACCCAGCACAUGGCUCUCUUCGCCACCCUUCUCUCAAGUGUCAUCCCUACGAUCCACACAUACGAUGGCAUUAGCGUUGGUCGCGAGACUGCCAGGCUGGUGGACACUCUGGACCAGAGCAGGCUGCACAACAGCUACCAGGCUGUUCUGAAGGCUGUUUCUGAGGUUGACAAGAAGCACUCGGACAACGCUGGUCGCCUUGUCCGCCUGCUUCAGGCCUUCAACGACGAAUUUGGUGAGGACUACAGGUUGUUUGACUACUACGGUCAUGAGGAGCCUGAGAGCGUCCUUGUUGUCUUCGGUACUGUCGAGGCUUCCCUGACUGCUCAGGUCGCCAACGCUCUGUCUAAGGAUGGCGACAAGGUCGGUGUCAUCAACGUCCGCGUCUACAGGCCCUUCGUCGAGGAGGCUUUUCUGGCGGUGCUCCCCAAGAGCGCUCAGCGCGUCGCUGUUCUUGGCCAGGUCAAGGAUGAGGCUGCUGUCUUCGAUUCCGCAGAGUACUCUCGUCUCUACUCCGACGUUUUGACCGCCACCCAGUUCGCUUUCGACAGGAACAUCGAGGUUUUCGACAUCAAGUACUCCCGCGAGCAGGUCUGGACCCCCAGCAACGUCCUUGACGUAUUCCGUCAGAUCUACAGCGAGAAGAAGGCGGGCGAAGAAUCGCGCUCCUACGUGGACAUUCUCAACACUGCAGACGUCAAGCAGUACACCUUCUGGGACCUUGACGUGUCCCCGGCUGCUACCGCACCAGCGGUCGUUGGCAAGCUUUUGUCCUCCGACUCGUCCAAGAACGUCUUCGUUCGCGAGGGCCACGACAACCUCGUUUGCGGUGGUGUUACCCGUGUCGACAUCCGCAACGCCGACUACACCAUUGAGGCACCAUACGCUGUCGAGCAGGCCGACGUUGCCGCUAUCGGCGACAUCUCCAUCCUCGGCGCUUUUGAUGUUCUCAACAGCGUCAAGGCGGACGGCUCCAUCAUCGUCCAGCUCCCUGGUGUCAAGGACGAGGACCUCGAGAAGAAGCUGUCUCCCGCUUUCCGCAAGGCGUUGGUCGACAAGGACAUCUCGCUGUUCAUCAUGGACCCCACUCAGUCGGAGGCCGUUGCAGAGGAAUCGACCCUUACAACCUGCCUUUGCCAGCUGGGUUUCCUAAAGGUAGCGCGCCCUGAUCUGCUCAACUCCCACAUCUCCAAGUUGGCUGCCAUAAACGGCACCGAGCAAAUUUGCGAGAAGAUCGUCCAGCAGCUAGAGACCGCUCUCCGUGAAGUUGAGGUCCCUGCUGCUUGGGGUACCGUUGAGGAGGACGUUCAGCACAUCCAUCUGCCCGCAGACAUCAACAUCAACAGCUUCGCACCCUUUGACCGCACUGAGUCUGAGCCCCCUACCCUGCUCAAGAACUGGCAGAUCGCUGCUAAGGGUCUUGCGUUCAAGGAGGCUUACGGCACUCAGACCGUCCUCCGCCCUGAGUUGGGUGUCAAGACCUCAGUUGUCACUGUCAAGGAGAAGCGUCGCCUUACACCACAGAACUACGACCGUAACAUCUUCCACAUCGAAUUCGACCUUGGCGAUACCGGUGUCACUUAUGCCAUCGGUGAGGCUCUCGGUAUCCAUGCCGAGAACGACAAGAGCGAAGUUGAGGAGUUUAUCAAGUGGUACGGUCUUGAUCCUGACGAGGUUGUUGAGGUGCCCUCCCGCGAGGACCCCAACGUCCUGGUCAACCGCACUGUCUACCAGUCCCUGCUCCAAAACGUUGACAUCUUCGGCCGCCCUGGCAAGAAGUUCUACGAGGACCUCGGCGAGUUCGCCAGCGACGAGCAGGAGAAGCUUGCUCUCCAGACUCUCUGCACUGGUGACGGUGCGUCCGAGUUCAAGCGUCGUGCUGAGGUUGACACCAUCACCUAUGCCGAUCUUCUGCUCGAAUACUCGUCUGCUCACCCAUCUUUCCAUGACAUUGUCCGCAUUGUCGCCCCCAUGAAGCGCCGCGAGUACUCCAUCGCCUCCUCGCAGCACGUCACCCCGAACUCCGUUACCCUGUGUAUCGUCACUGUCAACUGGGUCGACCCCAAGGGCCGUGACCGCUUCGGUCAAGCUACUCGUUACCUCAACAACCUCCGCGUCGGCAGUCCUGUCACCGUCUCUGUCAAGCCCUCCGUCAUGAAGCUCCCACCCAAGACUACCGCACCCAUCAUCAUGGCUGGCCUCGGUACCGGUCUCGCCCCCUUCCGCGCUUUCGUCCAGGAGCGCGCCUACCAGAAGCAGCGCGGCGAGGAGAUCGGCGAAGUCCUUCUGUACAUGGGAUCCCGUCACCAACGCGAAGAGUACCUGUACGGUGAGGAGUGGGAAGCGUACCAGGAUGCCGGUAUCAUCACUUUGCUCGGCCGCGCCUUCUCGCGUGACCAACCGCAAAAGAUUUACAUCCAGGACCGCAUGAGGCAGACCCUCACUGAUAUCCGUCGCGCAUACCUCGAGAAGGAGGGUAGCUUCUACCUUUGCGGUCCUACAUGGCCCGUGCCGGAUGUCACUGAGGUCCUGCAGGAGGCUGUUGAGGUCGAUUACAAGCUGAAGAACCCUGAUGCUAGGAAGGUUGACAGCAGGAGGGCGAUUGAGACGCUCAAGGAUGAGGGCCGUUACGUGCUCGAGGUUUACUAGUUGCGAGCGUUGGACUAACAUAGAUCGUUUGCCUGUUAGCGG